AUGUCAACAGCCGACUACAUCGUCGUCGGAGGCGGCCUGACCGGAUGCGCCGUGGCCUCGCGCCUCAAGCAGGGCCGUCCGUCAUCCAGCGUGCUCAUCCUCGAGGCCGGACCCCAUCCCAAGGACAACCCCAACACGACCUCGUUCCUGGGCGGCGUCGCCCUGCUGGGUUCUGACCUCGACUGGGGCUUCACCACCGAGCCCCAGCCCACCACCGCCAACCGCGUGCACAAGCUCAACGCCGGAAAGGUCCUCGGCGGCGGCAGCAUCCUCAACUUCGGCGGCUGGGGUCGCGGCGCCGCGGCUGACUACGACCACUGGGCCAAGACCGUCGGCGACGAGCGCUGGGGCUACAACGGCCUGCUGCCUUACUUCAAGAAGACGGAGCGCUUCGUCCAUCCCCGCGCGGAUCCCCAGCAGCAUGGCGCUGACGGGCCGUUCUACGUCGCCCCCGUCACGGCGGAUGCCAACCGUACGUACCCGCUGCGCGACCCGAUCAAGGCGGCGUGGACGUCCCUGGGAGUGCAAGAGAAUCCCGACAACUGUUCAGGCAAUGUAAGCGGCAUCAGCGAGUGUCUGGAGAAUUUCCACGACGGCGUUCGCCAGCCGUCCGCGCUCGCGUACAAUCUCGACGGGGUGGAGAUCGUGACCGGGGCUGUUGCGCACCGGGUGCUGUUCUCGACGAAAGACGACAGCCGGCCGGUGGCGACGGGGGUCGAGCUGGUCGAUGGCCGCCAGUUCACGGCGCGCAAGGAGAUCAUCAUCUCGACGGGCGCGUUGAAGACGCCGCAGCUGUUGCUGCUGUCGGGCAUUGGGCCGGCCGAGACGCUGGCGAAGCAUGGGAUCCCCGUGGUUAAGGACAACCCCGACGUGGGCCAGCAUCUCUUCGACCACUUUGCCCUGUUCCAGGUCUUCAAGCUGCGCAACCCGGAGAAGGGCCUGGCGAUGGGCAGCCCCGGUUUCGCGAACCCGGCCUACUUGAAGGGGCUUCCCUGCGACUGGAUCGUCAACCAGAUCGUGCCGGCGGAGACGCUCGAGAAGGCGAUCGAGGCGGACGAACAAGCGACGACGGAGAAGACGGGGGUGGUCGAUUUUCGCGCCCUGCUGGCUCCCGGCCGCAGCCACGUGGAAUCGAUCGUCAUGUACGGUCCGCUGGGCGCGCCCGGCAUCCCGAUGGACGGGACGUACGUGGCCACAUCGGUGAUGCUGCAGCUGCCGACGUCACGGGGGCGCAUCAGCAUCCGCUCGGCGUCGCCCAGCGAGCAGCCGGCCAUCGACCCCAACUACUACGCGACGGAGACGGACCGGACGAUUCUGCGGUACGCGACGCGGCGGCUGCUGACGGCGCUGCUGGAGACGGAGGCCGGCCGCGAGUACUUUGAGACGGAGGUGGCGCCGCCAGGGAUGCCGGUGCUGACGGCGCAGUCGUCGGACGAGGACAUCGACGCGCGCAUCCGGGCCACGGGCAUCGCGCACUUCCACUCGGCGGGCAGCGCGGGCAUGGGCCGGGUUGUGGACACUGAUCUGCGGGUGUACGGUGUGGAUGGGCUGCGCGUCGCCGAUGCGAGUGUGUUGCCGGUGCCCAUCAGCGGGCAUCCGCAGGCGACGCUGUAUGCGCUGGCGGAGCAGGCGGCGGAUCUCAUCUUGCAGAGCUGA